AAAUAAAACAACCCUGCAUGUAAUUGACCUGGUUUGUCUUGCCCUCUCAGCAGGAGGUCUUUAUGGAAACCCUAUUACUCUGGUGCAGAUAGCUAAAGCCUAGAUAACACUUCUGUCUAUUGUUUUCAAUACUGCAGUGAGGAGAAAAGGUGGAAGCAGGAAAAAUUUGCAGCAAAUUAAAAACUGAGUCCUGCUGGGUUUUUUUUCUGUCUCCCUCUUCCUCCUUCCUCUCUGACACAUUUGCAAGACACACACACUGAUAAGUUUUGACAGGGUAAUGGAGGUAUGCCAACAUCUUCAUUGACACGAGACACAGUGAUGAGACAUGACAUGUCCUGCAAGUGCAAGUAAUAGUGACUGUACAUGUGUCUAUGUGAGUGUGUGUAUUAAGAGCAGACAGAAGGAGAGGCACAUUGAGAUUUACUGAGUGUCCAUGAUUCUUUCAGGCUGUAUCUGAGCACAUUUCUCUGAUGUGAUGAAUCACACAUCUGAGCUCUCUCUCUCUGGAGUAUCAGUCAGUGAUCCAUGAUCAGGAUCCCAUCUAAGCUCCCUUGUAGGCUGCAGCACAUGUGCUGCUCUAAUUGAGUCCCAUUUUAAUAAAAAGUAUUAAGAUAAGAUUGUCUGCAUUUAAAAUGAUAAUGUAACACUGAAUCGACAUUGAAUAAUUGACUCUGCAUAUAGCAAUUCUGACAAAUUUAAUAAAAUAACCAAGUGCAAAAUGUAAUUGAUCAUGUUAAUGUCAUUGACUAUGUCAUGACAUCAUCCCAACUCUUGAGAGUAAAAUAUAUUAUAAUAAUUAUACUGGUGAACUUCUAACAAUAAGACGAAUGUAAUAUAAAAUAAAUUUGUCAUAACUGUUAUUAAAUAAAAAAUUGACAUAUAAAAAAGUAACUGGCAGCAGUUCAAUCUUCCAUAGAUUACAUUUUUAGCUCAUUUACUUAAGGCUUUAAUUACAUUAAACACUUGUUUCCUCCUGCACUAACUACAUUGUCAAUCACCGCAUUCAUAUUUAACUUAUAUGAUUCAGGUUUUAAAUAUUGCUAAUGUGUACCCCAGUGUGUUGCCAUUUUGAUUCAGUUUGCCACAGCCUGAAUCUGUUCCUCCUGCAAAACUUCUGCUUAAAGUCGGUAGUGAAGGGGGAGAAUGAGGCCUCAAAAGAAUGCUUUGUCUCUGCCUGAACUCUGGGUCAAGGCACCCUACGCUUCACACACAGACACACAAACACGUGUUUCAGUCUUUGUGAGGACACAAAAUGCCAUGUUGCAUUCCCUAUAGCCCUUUAGCUUAGCCUUAGCUGCCACAACUAAAUGUCCAGCCUCAUCUAAAUUUCAGCCCAAGCCCUGAAACCAAGUCUUAAGCCUCAAACAGCCUUUUGAAAGUCUGAAAGAGAAGUCUGGCCAAAACUCCCUUCCUUCUAUGGUCUAAGACUACAAUCGGUCCUCAGAAAAAUAGAAGUCCACACACACAUACAAACAAAGGGAGGGAGACAGAGUGGAGCAGAAUCCCUCAGGGACACCCUGCUGAUGUCCUGAAUACAAAUGAGUAAAGAGGAGGCAACAAGUUUGCAGUUUGAGUUGCUGCUAUUCAGCUUUGUGCAAUCAGUUUUAGGGAAAAGAAGAAGAAGAGAAAGAUGCUUGUAAUUUUCUCCAUAUCUGCCCUUAUUACUGUAAUGAUAACAGCAAAUGCAUAUUUGCCUAGUAUCAAUGGUUCAUGUGAAUGUUGCUUAUACCUCCGGACAGUAGGGGGCGUUCGGUGUCUGUGAGUAGAUUAAGCGCAGAGCUCAGACAUGUUUAAGGUUCCUGUCUGUACAUGUGAUGAAGCCAAGUUUUAUAUAAAGUACCUUCUUCUUCAAGUAACGGCUUUAUUAUUAAGAACCCACAACAAAAACAAUACAUGGUGUCAGAAGGUGGUCUUGAAGAGUGGUAACGGACACAAAUAUAAACAACGAGGACGAGCUACCGAGGCAAGCUAAUGUUAGCCACCCAGCUAACAGUACCGACGCAUCAGCUCAGCAGUGAACUUUGUGUUGCUAACUCGUCGUGAGAGAAAGAGGACUAGCGACGACAACGUGGACGGCUUACCACCACCACCCGCCCUUCAGUUUACUGGGAAUGUGGCUGAAAAUUGGAGGAGAUUUAAGCAACGCUUUGCUUUGUACAUAUCGGCGAUUGGACUUGACGAGGCAAGUGACAAAAAGCAAGCAGCAGUGUUUUUGCACGUAGUGGGUGAGGAUGCACUAGAAGUUUAUAAUAACUUCACGUUUGCUGAUGGAGACGGAAUGAAGCUGAAUAAGAUAAUGGAGAAUUUUGAAGCUUACUGCAUACCUAAGAGAAAUGUGACAUUUGAGAGGCACAGAUUCCUCACAUGUGUACAGAAGACAGGAGAGACAAUCGAUCAGUAUGUAACAGAGCUACGGAAGAGAAGUAAGACGUGUGAAUUUGGAGGACUGACAGACUCUUUAAUAAAAGACAGACUUGUUUGUGGGAUUCCUGAUAAUGGUCUCAGAGAGAGGCUACUGAGAGAGGAAAAUCUCGACCUGAAAAAUGCAUUGAAACUGUGCAGAGCGGCUGAGACUGUAAAAGUGCAAGCAAAAGAACUGGUCAGUGACAGCUGCAAGGUAGAUGCUGUGAACAAGAACACACAGAGUCAAUAAAAAGAGUGCUGCCUCUGAGAUUAAACAGCAAUCAAAGUCACCAGUUAACAGAGACAGUAAAGAAAAGACUUGUGGUCGAUGUGGCACGCAGCAUCCUCCUAAAAAAUGUCCGGCAUAUGGCAAAACAUGCAACAACUGUAACAAAAGUUACCAUUAUGCUCGGUGCUGCAGAAAUCAUACCCCAAAACAAAGCAAAGUCCAUACAGUGGAUGAAGAUGACACUGAGGAAUUCUAUGUAGAUGCUGUGACAGAAAACAAAGUGGAAAAAAAGGAUUGGAUGAUGACACUCAAAGUGAAUGACACGCACAUGGAGGUUAAACUGGAUACAGGUGCACAAGUGAACAUCAUAUCAGAGGCAGAGUUCAAGAGAAUCAGACCCAGACCCAAAAUACAUGCAACUAAAGUGAAAGGUCUUGGCUGCCUUUCAGGAGAACACACAAUCAGAGUGGAUAACAGUGUGCCACCGGUAAUUCAUCCAUGCCGCAAAGUACCGUUUGCUCUUCAAAAGCCAAUGAAAGAUGAGCUGGACCGGAUGGAGAACCUGGAGGUGAUUGAAAAGAUCGAUGAACCAACAGAGUGGGUGAGUUCUCUUGUUAUUGUUGAGAAAAAGAAUGGACAGCCAAGGGUAUGUAUGGAUCCUAGAGAUCUAAAUAGAGCUAUACAGAGAGAGCAUUUCAAACUCCCCACGAGAGAAGAAAUAAUGUCACAGUUUGCAAAUGCGAAAUACUUUAGCAAACUGGAUGCAUCAUCAGGAUUUUGGCAGUUAAAGCUGGAUGAUGCAAGUUCAAAAGUAUGCACGUUCAACAGUCCAUUUGGCAGAUAUAGAUUCCGGCGACUGCCAUUCGGCAUUGCUUCAGCACCCGAGGUGUAUCACAAGACAAUACACAUGAUCUAUGAGCACCUGGAAGGAGUGGACACAUCAAUGGAUGACAUCGUUGUGUGGGGAAGCACAAAAACAGAACAUGACAUGAGACUGAGAAAUGUUCUUGAGGCAACCAGAAAAGCAAAUCUGAAGCUGAAUAAAGAGAAAUGCCAGCUUGGAGUGAAGGAACUGACAUUUGUAGGGGACAUCCUGAGCAGCGAAGGCAUCAGACCGGAUCCCAGAAAAGUGUCAGCAAUCGAAAAUAUGCCAAGGCCACAAUGCAAGAAGGAUGUACAGAGGUUUAAUGGCAUGAUCAACUACAUGGAAAAAUUCAUACCCAAUCUCUCUGAAAAGAUGGCGCCACUGAGACAACUGACUGAAAAGAAAAUUGAAUGGGAGUGGAAUCAUGAACAUGAGAAAUCGUGGUGCGACUUGAAGAAGUUGCUCACAGAAGAGCCAGUUCUGAAGUUUUAGGACCCGGUGAGACCUAUUAAGAUCUCAUCAGAUGCAUCACAGAGUGGGCUCGGAGCUGUUCUUAUGCAGAAGUAUGGUGACUGGCAGCCUGUUGCAUAUGCUUCGUGAUCCAUGACGGACGCAGAGACAAGAUAUGCACAAAUCCAAAAAGAACUGCUCAGCAUAGCAUAUGCCUGUGAAAGAUUCCACCAGUUUGUGUCAGGGCAAGCAAUCAGUGUUGAAACUGACCAUAAACCACUGAUUGCAUUGUUCCAGAAGCCACUCAAUCACUGUCCACUGAGAAUCCAAAGAAUGAUGAUCCGGCUGCAACGCUACACACUCAACGUGAUGUACACCUCUGGUAAGCUGAUGUACACAGCCGACAUUUUAUCCAGAGCUGUUGACCCAAAAGAGCCAGCAAACACCAAAAUGGACAAUAAUGUAAAAGCAUAUGUGAACAUGAUCACAAGUGCACUGCCUGUCGCAGAUAGAAAAAUGGAGCUCAUAAGAACAGAGACGAGCAAAGAUGACACGUUAGAAACACUGUGCAAAACUAUUAUAGAUGGAUGGCCCAACUGUAAGCAAGACAGCCCACCUGUUAUUCAGGAGGAGACAUGCUCAAGAAGAUACAUGCAGGACAUCUUGGCAUUGAAAAGUGCAAAAAGAGAGCACACGAGGUGAUGUAUUGGCCACGGAUUAAUCAGGAUGUGACAAAUGAGGUAUCAAACUGCUCAACAUGUUUGAAAUACCAAGCAAGCAAUCCUGCAGAGCCACUUAAGCCACACCCUGUUCCAGACCGACCUUAUCAGAAGGUGGGUGCUGACCUCUUUGUUUCUGGAAGAAAGGGAUACAUUGUGGUCACAGACUAUUAUUCCCUGUAUCCAGAAGUCUGUAGAUUGCACACUACGACUGCAGAGACUGUGAUUACAUCCAUGAAAGCCAUAUUCGCAAGACAUGGUGUGCCGAGUGAAGUUGUUACAGACAAGGGACCACAAUUUGCCAACAUGAAGUUUAGACAGUUUGCCACGGCGUGGGACUUUGUUCACACAACAUCAAGUCCUCACUACUGCUAUGGGCAAGGCACAAGACAGUGAAACUGACUUCUACCAGAGCCUGCUGGUAUACCGCACAACGCCACUUGAGUGUGGUGUGUCGCCAACUCAGCUCCUUAUGGGACGAUGCCUGAGAUCAAACCUGCCUAUCCAGGAUGACCUACUUAAGACGAAGGAGGAAAACAGUGUAAAGGAGUUCAAGGAGCAGCAAAAAGCAAAGCAGAAGUUCUAUUACGACAGAGGAACAAAGAACCUACCUGAACUGCAUGCUGGGGACCAAGUGAGCUUUAAAGACAAAACAAACACAUGGACACAGAAAGCAAAUGUUCUGAGUGAAGUUCAACCAAGGUCAUAUACCAUUCAGACAGAAGAUGAGCUCUCCUGAGACAAAAUCUCAGAGAUCUUCUCAAGGAACCUGCAACUGGAGAACAGAGGUUUGAGGCUGCUGAGCAACCUCAACACACACUCAAGACUCCAUCACCUGAGUCACCUACCCAUAUGCAAGAACAAACACUCAGAAAGUCUUCAAGAAACGUGAAGCCACCUGAGACUCAUUGAACAGAUUUAAAUGUGUUUAUAUGUUGGUCGUAAGGUUACGAUAUCAUAAUAUGUCUUUAAGUUUAAGCACAGUUGUGUACUUGUGUGGUACAGACUGAGGUUAGUGCAAGCUGAUUUUGUUAUUAACUUUAAGUUAACUUAGUUUAGCUUAACAAGUAAAAAGAGAGCUAUCAUUAUUCUUUAAGUAUAUGCAUAAAGAAGACAAUGUUAAUUUUGUCAAGACAGAGCAAGGUUUUAUGUUUAUAAUUGAAAAAUGUUUUUAUGUGAAAAAAAAAGUCAUUUUGAUAGUAGUAUAAGUCCUUCAUGUUGAACUGAGAGAGGUUAUGUUUAUGAAAGUAGAAUGUGUUUAUUUUGAAAGACGAAACAAAAAAAAGGGAAGAUGUAAUGAUAACAGCAAAUGCAUAUUUGCCUAGUAUCAAUGGUUCAUGUGAAUGCUGCUUAUACCUCCGGACAGUAGGGGGCGUUCGGUGUCUGUGAGUAGAUUAAUCGCAGAACUCAGACAUGUUUAAGGUUCCUGUCUGUACAUGUGAUGAAGCCAAGUUUUAUAUAAAAUACCUUCUUCUUCAAGUAACGGCUUUAUUGUUAAGAACCCACAACAAAAACAAUACAAUUACGACCAAUAAACUCAGUGCUGUGUAGAGUUUUGAAA